AUGAUGAGUUCUGCCGCCUGGGAAGGCCAGGACCAGCACAUGUCCUCGGGCCCCGACGACGAGUUCAACCAGUUCCUCGACAUGACGGGCAUCGGCACCAUCCCCGACGCGACCGCCAUGCAGUUUGACUUUCACACCUUCAACGAUGCCGCCUCCGCCUCCGGGCCACAGCCCAUGAUGCCCGGCGCCGCCCACCAGCAGCACGCCCAGCAACAACAUCACCAGCAGCAGCAGCAGCAGCAGUCCCGACAGAACCCCUCGGCCGACGCCCUCAUGGCCGACUCGGACCCCUCCGCCAUGAUCCCCCGCAGCGACGGCCUGCUGCAGAACCACACGCCCGCCAUGUCCGCCGUCUCCCACCCGUCCAUCACCGCCCACAUACUCGCCACCUCGGCCCCCGACUCCAUCUCCAAUAUUGACGCCCAGAUUCACUACCUCCAGCAGCAAAAAUUCCACCAGCAGCAGCGCCAGCUCCACGAGCAACAUGCCACAUUUUACGGCCCCCACGGCCACUCGGUGCCUCCCACGCCGCAGAGCCUCGAGAUGCCUCCAGGCUCGGGCCAGUUCUACUCCCAGGCCGAGCAGAUGCCCCAACGGACUGCCUACGACCGCAGCUAUCACCAGCGCGUGGCUGAGCAAGAUAUGGCCUUUACCCCUCUCGUAUCGCCCGCCGUCACCCCGCUAGAUCCCCAUUUCAACAUGGACAGCGCGUUUUCUGUCCCCAAUUCAUAUUUCAGCCCUCUGACGUCUCCUGCGCUGCAUGCGCAGCCUGACGGCUCUGUCUACGAUCACAGCACCAACUCCAACAACUCGCCCAUUGACAUGGACCUCGAGACACCGCCCGCCACACAACCAGCACCCCCCAGCCACGAUCUCGCCAAAAAGGCUCGCAGAAACAACGCCGCCAAGGCUCGCUCAAAAUCGGGCGUCAAGAACUCGCCCAUUGCCAAGCCCCAACGGCGCAAGGUUGGCCCCAGCCCGGCCAUUGUCUCCCAGGUCCUGAGCGAGGUCGACGAGAGAAGGCUGCAAAAUAGCGGCGAAGCUGGCCUGCUGCCUCUGCCGGCCACGUCGACAGAGGGCUCCGAAGAGAACGCCUCGGUCUCGCCCGAAAACCUCACAGACAUGCCACCGCCGCCGGUUCCCGCGCGGCGGUCCAACAGCAAGUCUCCCUAUAUCCAGGCGCAGAAUGGCAGCGCGAACCAGGCGCCGCCGCUUUCUCUGCACGAAGAGCGCCAGCAGCCUCACCCGGCCACGCCCGCCUCGCUCAUGAAGCUGGCCUCCAAGGGCAAGAAGCCGCACGCCGCACAGCUGGGCGACACGGCCACCGAACACAUUGAGUCUCUGGAGCUGCCCGAGUCCGUCUCCAACCGACCGCUCGCGCCCAUUGACACGCACGUUGCCUCGCAGUUUCCCGGCCACGACCAGCCUGCCUCGGCGCGCAGCACAAUAUUCCACCACCCUUCGCCGUCGCCGAAUCUGCGCCCGCUCGGCGGCACGCCGUCCGCCAACGCGAGCCCCUCGCUCGGUCCGCGAUCCGUCGGCCUGCCGGCGCGCAAAACCCCGCAACUACUGUCCCGGAAUAACCGAAAACGGUCCACCGGCUCCGUGCACGUGUCGCCGGCGCUGCUCCCCCGGAUAUCGCCCAACAUCAAGCCGCUGAUUCCCGGCACGCCGGGCAUGUCGGCCGAGGACACGUCGCGCCUGCUCAUGUCCAAGUCGAACUACCAAAACAUCCUCGAGGGCAACACGGUGCCCGGCGUCAGCUACCCGAUGGAGCUGUCGACCAACCUGACGUCGAAGCGCACGUCGCACAAGAUUGCCGAGCAGGGCCGCCGCAAUCGCAUCAACUCGGCCCUGCAGGUCAUGGCGAGCCUGCUGCCCGAUUCUGCGAAACCCACGUCGGAGGAUGGCGAGGACGGCAAGGACGGCAAGCCGCCCGGGCCCAGCAAUAGCAGCAACAGCGCCAACACGCCGAGCAGCAAGGCGAGUGUGGUGGAGAAUGCCAUUGUGCACAUGAAGAAUCUGCAAAAAGAGAAUGAAGAAUUGAAGAAGGAGGUGGAAGAGCUGAGAAGUAAAAUGGAGGCCAUGCAAAAAAGUUGA